AUACACGAUUUCCUCAAAUUACCGACGCCUGUUUGUUUAUAUCGAUGAUCAUACCCAUUGAUUAAUUAUACCCCAUACUCUUUACUUUGUUUAUUCUACAAGUUUUGACAGCUAAUUUGCGCUUCAUGCAAGGGAGGGAGAAAAUACAAUGGCCAGACAGUGAGACUGGGAUUCAAACCGGGACCCACUGAAUCUCUAUAGUCAGUGGCGCUCUACCAACUGAACUGUUGGACCACCUGUGAUCAAACCCAUCUAAUUGCUACACCGUUUUCUCAUGGAUGAAAAAAGGAAAGACAAUUUCUGAGAGUUGAAAUGCUGCGAAUCUGCAUGAUAUUGUUGCUGUGGUAUGCAGUUGGCAUAUUGACCAAUGAGGAGCACUAUGAGUAUGAUCCUUAUGAUAUGGUGAAUCCACGAAAAGUCAUUAAGGAUGAUAAGGAUAUACCACAUGCAGAGAAAACUAUGGUACAUGCAAUGGAAUCUUCAGAGGCUGCUGAUGACCAUACAACUGUCCCUCCUGAAAUCAAACAGUUUGAAGAAGCUCCUGAAAGUAGAACAGAGACAGUGUGUACAAAAACAGAUGUGGGGAAGCAGCUGUUGAAAAAUUAUGUUAAAUCUUUCCUGAAACAUUUUGAGUUGAAGGAGGCAACUAAAUGGGGAGGUCCUUCGGAUGAGACCACAAAAAACGGGGUUCCGUGUCACAACAAGUGUGGCACGAUAAAGAUCCCUCCCUGCUCAAAGGCCAUAAGCACUGAGCAUAGGCCUAAAUUUUGCAGCCCUUCACUGGAACCCACUUCAGGGUCACAAGAAUACAGCAUGAUUCUGAAACUCUCUUUUGAUGAAUUUAAAAUACUGCGAAAAUUUGUGUUAGAUGAAAGUACCGACUUGCACAGCCUUUAUGAUGCUAAUGAUAUCCUGACUGACAUGAUCCAGAGUAUGUCAAGGUCACAUUUGGGAACAAUGGGUAAAAUAUCUGUUUGGUUUGAGGACAAAUAUGGAGCAAGCAUUGAUGCAGCUCUCAAGAUGAUUGCAGUGUUGCUGAUGGCCUCUAUCUUUGCUACAUUGGAAAUGAGGCUACAGAUGUCAUGGAGACAGAGAUUUCUAAAAUUGAUUGUGUUAGCCUUUAUUGUCAGCAUACCAAUGACCUGGUUUGAACUCUAUAAGGCAGAACAAAUAAAGCAGCAGACUGUGGCUUUGAAGGAUGCCCCUGCAGACUGUGUAAAGAAUGAUUCAGUCAGUGACAACUGGUUUCAAGCAGCAUCCUACAUAUUGUCCUCCAUAUUUACACUGAAAGAGGACAAAUGUCAGAAGUAUUAUGAACACAUGAUGAUUGACCCAUUUGUUAAAGUGCCACCCACAAAGGCAGUUGGAGUGACAUUUGUUCGUUUCUUCCUCUCUCCAUUAAAGGAUGUAGGAGCAUCAUUGAGCACAUUUAUUAGAGAACUUCUCAUUGACCUACCAGUGACUUUAUAUCCUGUAGCUUUGAUCUUGGUGACAGUAUUUCUCUUUCUGAUUCUUUUUAUGACCUUUGGAUACAGUUUCAAGUUACCUUUUUUCCUGUCCAUUGAGCCAAGCCCAUAUCAUGGUGUAACUGGGGGUGUCUCUAACCAACAAACCAUUGAGGACAACACAAAACGCUUAAUGGAACAGAUGCAAACAGUACAAGAAAUGCUUGAGUCAAGAGAAGCACAGUUUACAACAAGAAUGAAUGACUUUGAACGUCUCCAGAAAAGUGCCAUAGAAUACUCAGCAACAGUGAAUGUUCCAGACAUGCCCUGUCCAACAGUCCCAGCAUCCGUUAUAUCCAAACCUGCUGUAACACCUAACAUAACACCCAACACCCAGUAUGCAAGACAUAUAUUUCAAGAAUCAGGGGAUGCAUAUACUCCUGUAGUGGUAGAAUGUAGUAAUGUUAAAUCUCCCAUUCCAUGUUCUGAUGUGGAAAUUGAAUCUUCUACAGAAGAAGUCAGUGAUGUGGUUAACCCUCAUCAUACCUAUAAUUCUAAGUCUUCCCCAGGUAGAUCCAGUAAGCUUCCAGUAAGUAGAAAAGGUAAAUCCAGUGAUCGUGUGCCAACUCAAGUAAGUUCUGCCAGCAGAACUGACUCGCUACAAACUCAGAAUCUGACAGCUUUGUCUCCAGAUACCUUGCAAUCUCAGGAAGCAGGUUCUAGGUAACAUAAGGGUCUUCACAUUAUGCUAAGUGAUUUCAUGUGUCACAUCAUACUUGCCUUCAUUAAUCAUUUUUGUUGCAAUAAAAUACUUCGAAGAACAA